AUGAUUGAAAACAAGGAGUUAAUGAAGACCCUAAAGGAGACCCAGUAUGACCUUGUCUAUCUUCAGCUACCUCUAGUCUCCAACGUCCACUGGGUCACCCUUGGAGAGGGACAUCAGGCCAUCACACCAUCCCCAAUGUCUUACAUUCCUAUGACUGGAUCAGGGCUGACGGACCAAAUUAUCUUCACAGAGAGUGAAGAAUAUGCUUAUUAAAUUGCUUGCUCAAGUUCAGGACAGGUUCUUAGGUUCCCUUUUACCAAGCGGUUUGUAAUUAGUAUUUCCAUGUGUAUUUUGACUUCAAUUAGUUAAUACAGGGGGCUGACUUCUGGCUCAUGAGAGUUUACUUUGUGUUUGAGUUCCCUCGUCCCACCAUGCCUAACGUCAUCUAUAUUGGAGGGUUCCUGCGCAAACCAGCCAAGCCUCUUCCCCAAGACCUGGAGAAGUUUGUUCAGCGUUCAGGAGAGCAUGGUGUUAUUAUUAUGUCUUUGGGGACUUUCGUCAAGGAUCUCCCAAGUGACCUAACAGAUGAGAUGGUGGUUGUUUUUGCCAUUCUGCCUCAGAAGGUCAUCUGGAGGCACAUUGGAGACAGGCCAGCGACUCUGGGCAACAACACCUUACUAGUUGACUGGAUGCCGCAGAAUGAUAUACUAGGACAUCCCAAGAAGAGGCUGUUUAUAGCUCAUGGAGGAGCCAAUGGAGCUUAA